AUGGCGCGGGCCAAGCUGCCGCGCUCGCCGUCCGAGGGCAAGGCGGGCCCGGGGGGCGCCUCGGCCGGCGCCUCGGCACCGGAGGAGCCGCACGGGCUCAGCCCGCUGCUGCCGGCCCGCGGUGGGGGCUCCGUGGGCAGCGACGUGGGCCAGAGGCUUCAUGUGGAAGAUUUCAGUCUGGACUCCUCUCUGUCUCAGGUCCAGGUGGAGUUCUACGUCAAUGAGAACACCUUCAAGGAGCGGCUCAAGCUGUUCUUCAUCAAAAACCAGAGAUCCAGCCUGAGGAUCCGGCUGUUCAACUUCUCCCUGAAGCUGCUUACCUGCUUGCUCUACAUCGUCCGAGUCCUGCUCGACGACCCAGCCCUGGGGAUUGGAUGCUGGGGCUGCCCAAAGCAGAAUUACACCUUCAAUGGCUCAUCCUCCGAGAUCAAUUGGGCGCCCAUCCUCUGGGUGGAAAGAAAGAUGACUCUGUGGGCUAUUCAGGUCAUCGUGGCCAUAAUAAGCUUCCUGGAGACAAUGCUCCUCAUUUACCUCAGCUACAAAGGGAACAUCUGGGAGCAGAUCUUCCGUGUCUCUUUCGUCCUGGAGAUGAUCAACACACUGCCCUUCAUCGUCACGAUAUUCUGGGCGCCCCUGAGGAACCUGUUCAUCCCUGUGUUUCUGAACUGUUGGCUGGCCAAGCAUGCCCUGGAAAACAUGAUCAAUGACUUCCACCGCGCCAUCCUGCGCUCGCAGUCGGCCAUGUUCAACCAGGUCCUCAUCCUGUUCUGCACCCUGCUGUGUCUGGUGUUCACGGGGACCUGUGGCAUCCAGCACCUGGAGCGAGCAGGCGAGAACCUGUCCCUUCUCACGGCCUUCUACUUCUGCAUCGUCACCUUCUCCACUGUGGGCUACGGUGACGUGACGCCCAAGAUCUGGCCGUCCCAGCUGCUGGUGGUCAUCAUGAUCUGCGUGGCCCUGGUGGUGCUCCCACUGCAGUUCGAGGAGCUGGUAUACCUGUGGAUGGAGCGGCAGAAGUCGGGGGGCAAUUACAGCCGUCACCGGGCGCAGACUGAGAAGCACGUGAUUCUGUGCGUCAGCUCCCUCAAGAUCGACCUGCUCAUGGACUUCCUGAACGAGUUCUAUGCGCACCCCCGGCUGCAGGACUACUACGUCGUCAUCCUGUGCCCCACUGAGAUGGACAUCCAGGUCCGCAGGGUCCUGCAGAUCCCCCUGUGGUCCCAGCGGGUCAUCUACCUCCAGGGCUCUGCGCUCAAGGACCAGGACCUCAUGCGAGCCAAGAUGGACAACGGGGAAGCCUGCUUUAUCCUCAGCAGCCGCAAUGAAGUGGAUCGCACGGCAGCGGACCACCAGACCAUCCUGCGCGCCUGGGCCGUGAAGGACUUCGCACCCAACUGCCCCCUCUACGUCCAGAUUCUCAAACCCGAGAACAAGUUCCACGUCAAGUUUGCAGACCACGUGGUGUGUGAGGAGGAGUGCAAGUACGCCAUGCUGGCCCUCAACUGCAUCUGUCCCGCCACGUCCACGCUCAUCACCCUGCUGGUGCACACGUCCCGUGGCCAGGAGGGCCAGGAGUCCCCGGAACAGUGGCAGCGCAUGUAUGGACGCUGCUCGGGCAACGAGGUGUACCACGUGCGCAUGGGGGACAGCAAGUUCUUCCGCGAGUACGAGGGCAAGAGCUUCACCUACGCCGCCUUCCACGCGCACAAGAAGUACGGCGUGUGCCUCAUCGGGCUGAAGCGGGAGGACAACAAGAGCAUCCUGCUGAACCCCGGGCCGCGGCACACCCUGGCGGCCUCCGACACCUGCUUCUACAUCAACAUCACCAAGGAGGAGAACUCCGCCUUCAUCUUCAAGCAGGAGGAGAAGCAGAAGAAGAAGGGCUUCUCGGGGCAGGGUCUGUACGACGGGUCCUCCCGCCUGCCCAUGCACAGCAUCGUGGCCUCCAUGGGGACAGUGGCCAUGGACCUCCAGAACACAGAGUGCCGGCCGGCACAGAGCGGCGGGGGCGGCGGGGACGGCAAGCUUACGCUGCCCACAGAGAACGGCUCGGGCAGCCGGCGGCCCAGCAUCGCGCCCGUCCUGGAGCUGGCUGACAGCUCGGCCCUGCUGCCCUGCGACCUGCUGAGUGACCCGUCGGAGGACGAGCUGACGCCAUCGGAUGACGAGGGGCUGUCUGUGGUGGAGUACGUGAAGGGCUACCCCCCCAACUCGCCCUACAUCGGCAGCUCCCCCACCCUGUGCCACCUCCUGCCCGUGAAGGCCCCGUUCUGCUGCUUGCGGCUGGACAAGGGCUGCAAACACAACAGCUACGAAGACGCCAAGGCCUAUGGCUUUAAGAACAAGCUGAUCAUCGUCUCGGCGGAGACGGCGGGCAACGGGCUGUACAACUUCAUCGUGCCACUGCGGGCCUACUACAGGUCCCGCAAGGAGCUCAACCCCAUCGUGCUGCUGCUGGACAACAAGCCUGACCACCACUUCCUGGAGGCCAUCUGCUGCUUCCCCAUGGUCUACUACAUGGAGGGCUCCGUGGACAACCUGGACAGCCUGCUGCAGUGCGGCAUCAUCUAUGCGGACAACCUGGUGGUGGUGGACAAGGAGAGCACCAUGAGCGCGGAGGAGGACUACAUGGCGGACGCCAAGACCAUCGUCAAUGUGCAGACCAUGUUCCGGCUCUUCCCCAGCUUGAGCAUCACCACGGAGCUCACCCACCCUUCCAACAUGCGGUUCAUGCAGUUCCGUGCUAAGGACAGCUACUCUCUGGCUCUUUCCAAGCUGGAAAAGAGGGAACGGGAAAACGGCUCCAACCUGGCCUUCAUGUUCCGCCUGCCGUUUGCCGCGGGCCGCGUCUUCAGCAUCAGCAUGUUGGACACGCUGCUCUACCAGUCCUUCGUGAAGGACUACAUGAUCUCCAUCACCAGGCUGCUGCUGGGCCUCGACACCACGCCAGGCUCCGGCUACCUCUGCGCCAUGAAAGUCACGGAGGAGGACCUGUGGAUCCGCACGUACGGCCGGCUCUUCCAGAAGCUGUGUUCCUCCAGCGCUGAGAUCCCCAUCGGCAUCUACAGGACCGAGUGCCACGUCUUCUCGACCUCUGAGCCCCACAACCUCAGAGCCCAGUCCCAGAUCUCGGUGAGCGUGGAGGACUGCCAGGACGCGCAGGAAGCGAGGGGGCCCUGGGGCGUGCGGGCGGGCGGCGGCGCUGGCACCCACGGCCGACACUCGGUUGGCGGCGACCCAGCCGAGCACCCGCUCCUGCGGCGCAAGAGCAGGCAGUGGGCCCGGAAGCUGAGCCGCAAGGGCCCCAAGGCCACGGGGAAGGCGGCGGCCGCCGAGUGGGCCAGCCAGCAGCAGCUCAGCCUGCACCAGCGCUCCGAGCGGCAGGAGCUCUCCGAGCUGGUCAAGAACCGCAUGAAGCACCUGGGGCUGCCCACCACCGGCUACGAGGAUGUAGCAAAUUUAACAGCCAGUGAUGUCAUGAAUCGGGUAAACCUGGGAUAUUUGCAAGACGAGAUGAACGACCACCAGAACACGCUCUCCUACGUCCUCAUCAACCCCCCGCCCGACACGAGGCUGGAGCCCAACGACAUCGUGUACCUCAUCCGCUCCGACCCCCUGGCCCACGUGGCGAGCGGCGCGCACAGCCGGAAGGGCAGCUGCAGCCCCCGGCUGGCUUCCUGCAACCCGGAGACCCGCGAUGAGACGCAGCUCUGAGCCCCACGAGGAGCCCGGCCGCCGGGGCCGCAGGCCCCAUCCCCACGUCGGCAUGCAUCGCACUGCAUGGAGCGCCGAGACCCUCCCCGCCCCGCCCCGGACGGGAGCCCUCACCCGGGCUGACGAGGGGGGAGCGUGCCCCCGGGCCCCAGGAGAAGCCGGCGGGGAGGCCUUUUUCACCUGUUUUUACAAACUUGUGCAGUCCGCGUCCCCACACAACGUACCGUAACUCGUGAUGGGGCCCGGCUGAGCGGAGGGAGGGCC